AUGAUGGCACCACCUGUGGAUGAGGGGUCUGUUUUCGACUUCGUCGUUGUGGGCGGUCUUGUCUGGGACUUAGCUGGUCCCGCUGGUUCCGUCAUUGCGGCGCGGCUGGCCAAGACUUCCACAGCGCCUCAAGUGCUUCUGCUCGAGGCGGGCGAGCUCAAUGUCGAGCUAACGCACCGUGUCGCCGGGGCACGAUACACAUUCUGGAACACGGAGGAUGGUGCCAAGUACAACUACCGCUACAAGAGUGUGCCCGAGCCUGAGCUGGCCCGGCGCGAGUUGGUGUACGACCGUGGUCAUGGGCUAGGCGGCUCGACUAGCAUUAACAUAGGCCUCUGGGACUAUGGGCGUAAGGAAGAGAUGGAAGAAUGGGCGAGACUUGUGGACGACGAUGCUUGGACCUGGAACGGCCUGCUGACAAGGAUAAAGAAAAUCGAGCGCUUCCAUAAUGAUACACCUGCAGAGUUCAGGGAUGGCCCGGAUCCAGCAAAUCAUGGCACGAAUGGACCCCUUGACGUUACUCUUCCUUCUACUUGGACGCCUGGCUUACAGAUAGUCCUCGAUGGAGCAAAGAAGUACGGUUUUCCGGUGCUCUCGAGUCUGUAUUCGGGGAAUCUUGGGAUGGGGGUUGUUGCUUCCACGACGUAUAAAGGUUUACGAACGACGGCUGCCACAGCCUAUCUAACCGACGCGCCUUCCAACCUAUCUAUCAAGACCGGUUCUAUUGUUGCCCGGGUUCUAUUCGACGGCAAGAAGGCGGUAGGGGUGGAGCUCACCGAUGGCACUAAAUACUUCGCAUCUAAAGAAAUCAUCCUAUCCGCAGGCGCCAUCGAUACUCCCAAGAUCCUCCUCCUAUCGGGGGUCGGUCCCCAGGAAGAGCUAGCAAAACAUUCCAUCCCUGUUGUCUCGAAUCUCCCUGCAGUAGGACGGAACCUGAAAGACCAUUACUUAGUUCAAUUACAGGCUUUAGUUCGACCUGGCACGGUGCCUAACGUGAGCUUAAGCGACCUAGCUAGUUGGCAGGCGCAAUGGACUAAGGACCAGACGGGACCCUUGGCGCUGGACCCGGGCAUGUUGGCCUUGGGGUACUUCCAACUCGACAACCUAGCGACGUUCCCUGAGUUCCAGCAGCUUGAUGAGCGAACCAGGGCGAUCGUCCCAAUCCCGGGAGCUGAAAAGGGUAUCAUACAAGCCAGCGUCAUCCUGAUGAACGCCCAAUCUAGCGGCCGGGUCUCACUCAAGAGUUCCGAUCCUAUCACACCACCCAUACUCGAGCUGAAUUAUCUCCAGCAUCCGUAUGACCGUCGGGUAUACAUCGAGGCCAUUAAAAAGGCGGUGGAUUACAUGUUCAACUCCGACAUGCCCGUAACCGAACAGAUCCAGGGUCCAAAGAGCACGUCUGACAAUGACAUCUUGCAAUUCCUCCGGGAGCAUAUCGGACCCGCUUGGCACGCGUUGGGCACCGUCAAAAUGGGAAAGGUCGACGAGGACACGACCUGCGUUGAUCCUGAAUUUCGUGUCGUCGGUCUCAACAACCUGCGUGUCGCCGAUAUGAGUGCUAACUGUCAUGUCUGCAGCAACCACACCCAGUCGACCGCGUAUCUCAUUGGCGAGGUGGCCGCGGACAAAUUGAUCAAAGAGUACAACCUGUAG